AUGACCUUUACUACAGCAAAUUAUCGUGCUAAUUCUAAAUUGGCAAGAACUAAUAAUGACGAUUUACAAACUUGUCUUUCAUCGGCAUUGCCAUUAUCAAUACGUACUAUUUAUCCAUGUAGCACUUUAGCAAAUCAAAAUAGUUCUCAAUAUCAAUGUGAUCAUUUCAAUGUUAAUGGACUGUCGAGUGUUCGUGGAGGUCGAAUUUCUCAUUUUCCUGCUGUUAUUGUUUAUGCAACGGACAGUAACGAUAUACAAAACGUCGUAAAAUGUGCAACGAAAUUAAAUUACAUUGUCAAUGCAAGAAGUGGAGGUCAUAGUUAUGAAGGCUAUAGUUUAGGUUCAAUGUACAACAAUAUUGUUAUUAACAUGGAAGCAAUUAAUUACAUUCGUAUUAAUCAAUAUGAUGGAACUGGUACAUUUGGAGCUGGUGCAAGAAUUGGUCCAAUCUAUUAUACAACAUAUCAAUAUAAUUAUACAAUUAAUGCUGGCAGUUGUGCAUGGAUGGGACUUGCUGGUCAUGCACUUGGUGGUGGUCUAGGUUUUCUUGGUCGAUUACAUGGAUUAUUAUCCGAUAAUAUUUUGGAAAUGAAAGCUGUUAAUGCUCAAGCCAAACAUUUAUUUUAUGAUGGACCAAUAAGUAGUCAUAGUCUUGAUAAAUUUAUCGAUCGAUUAGCAUCAGGCGAUGGUCAAAUUAAUAUGGGAUUUAAUUCUUGGGAUGGAUAUUUAAGUACAAUUCCAGCUGAUGAAACAGCAUUUCCACAUAGACAUUUUAAAUUUGAUAUUCAGUUCACAGUUUAUCCUAAUGAUGAGCAACAUGAACAACAAUAA